CAGGUUGCUUCUCCACUAUAGGGUCAAAAGGCUGCUUUUUGUUCUCAACCACAAAUUUCUCUGGAAAUCUCUUAGGGGACAACUUAGCCCUACAAAAGGGGGUCAGGUGGAGUCAGGAGGAAUUUGGGAGAAGGCUGUGGAGGGCCUGGCUUGCAGCACCAUGAAGAGCUUUCCUGUUGGCUUUCUUCUUCUCCUGAUCUUCAUUCUCAGUGUCCAUUCUGGAGUAGCCACACGUGGCAGUGAUAUAGCCGAGUUCUGCUGUUUCAAAUACAGCCGCAAGAUCCUUCCCUGGAAGUUGGUGCAUUCCUAUCAGUUCACCAGGAACAGCUGCCCCCAGCAGGCUGUGAUAUUCACUACCAAAAAAGGCCAUAAAGUCUGUGCCCAGCCAAAGGAAAAAUGGGUGCAAAGAUACAUUUCUUUACUCAAAAAACAGCAGUGAUGGAAACUGUUGGAUUUUAAGCCCAAGGGCACCUGGGCCCUGCUCUUGACCCUGCUGUCCUUGGUGGAACCUGGAGAUUUUCUUCAGCAGAAGUUUCUGUGGGACUGAGGAGGAGGGGAGGUUUACAAUAAAGAUU